AUGAACAACAAUAAUCCCCCUAGGAGUGUGGGGGUACCCAUUCCAUUUGCCAAUUCUGGCUCUGGAGCAAAAUCUGUGCCCAUGAGUCACCAGAUUCCUCCCCACCUGCUCUCUCAGUCAAAACCUCAAACACAAGGUGGGUCUUUCCAGGGCCACUUUCAGCUCCCCGAGGCACAAGCUCAGCUGCUGAACCAUGCACAACCACCUGUGCAGCAGCCUGCGCACGUUCGCAUCCAAUCAUCAACUAACCAAUCUAUUAGUCAGCUGCAGAGCCCGAUUUCUGGGUCCAUUCCAGCAACUGCAGGUACCAAAAGGGCUGGUCAUAAACCCCCCUCUAAGGUAGCUGGAGGAUCAAAUCAUGCUCAUUCGUCUUCCCUUUAUAAGGCGAUGGAGUUAGCCCCUGCCCCGAAUAGGAAGAGGCCGAAGCUGUCCGAGAAGCAGAUACCUGCAGAAGUUGCAGCCAAGCUUCCAGAGGCUGCACUCUAUGCACAGUUGCUUGAAUACGAGGCUAGGGUGGAUAAUGCUCGCGCAAGGAAGAAGGCAGAUCUUAGAGAGGCCCUUAAAAACCCUCCUCGAGUAAGGAAAACGCUUCGAUUGUAUGUUUUCAACACUUUUGAGAAUCAAGGAGUAGGCAGUGGCGAGAUGCCGACUGCAGGGCCUCCGUCAUGGUCAUUAAAGAUUAUUGGCAGGAUCCUGGAAGAUGGGAAAGAUCCUUUGCUAGAAGGGCAGGUGCAGAAAUCUUACCCAAAAUUCUCAUCAUACUUCAAGAAAAUUACCAUUAUCUUAGACCAAUGUCUCUAUCCAGAGAAACAAGUAGUUUGGUGGGAGAGUAACCGAUCUACUGAACUUCACGAGGGGUUUGAGGUGAAGAGGAAAGGCAAUAAAGAAUUUACUGCACUGAUAAGAUUAGAAAUGAAUCACACUCCGGAGAAAUACAAGCUUUCCCCUCAAUUGGCAGAAGUCCUGGGCUUUGAAGUGGAGACACGUUCAAGGAUCUUGACGGCGAUUUGGCAUUAUGUCAAGUCAAACAAGUUGCAAAACCGUAAUGAUCUAUCCUCAUUCAUAUGUGAUCCACCACUGCGAAGAUUAUUUGGGGAAGAGAAGAUGAAGUUUGGAAUGGUGGCACAGAAGAUAAGUCAGCAUCUUAUAUCUCUACAACCUAUUCAUUUGGAGCACAGGAUCAAGCUAUCAGGGAGUUCUCCUGCUGGAACUGCUUGUUAUGACAUUGAUGUUGAUGUUCCCUUCCCAGUGCAAACUGAUAUUUCUAAGUUCUUUGAGGACACAGGGAGACAGAAAGAGAUCGAUGCUUAUGACAAGAUAAUAAGUGAUUCAAUAAAGAAGAUACAUGAGCGCUGCAGAAGGCGUGGUUUCUUUCUCGGUUUCAGUCGCUCUCCAGCAGAGUUUAUUAAUAAGUUUAUUGCUUCUCAAACCGAAGAUCUGAAGCUUAUAGCUGGAGAUAACAAUUGCAGCACAGAAGAAGAGCAACAUGCAGAUUUUUAUAAUGAGCCAUGGGUGGAAGAUGCUGUUCUUCGUUACCUGAAUCGCAAAAGUGCUGGAAGUGAUGUGCCAGCAAGGACUUGA